AUAACCUUGUCAGAGUCAAACAACAUCCAAAGUCAUCAUCAGCUAUCUAGCUUGUUCUCUUUUAUUUUUUUUCGGUUCACCGGCGGCAUGGGGAACUGCAACGCCUGCGUUCGAGUCGAUGACGUGGCAGACUCAAACCGCGGCAAAAAGAAUAAGAAAACCAAACCGAACCCCUACGCGGAGGAAGAGAUACGCUCCGGCGUUCCGAUCCGUGUGCUGAAGGACGUGACGUCACGGAGCCUCAUCGGCGACAAGUACGUGAUAGGCCGGGAGCUAGGUCGUGGCGAGUUCGGGAUAACGUACCUCUGCACGGACCGCGAAACGAAGCAGGAGCUCGCGUGCAAGUCGAUCUCGAAGCGGAAGCUGAGAACCGCGAUCGACGUGGAGGACGUGCGGCGAGAGGUGGCGAUCAUGUCGACGCUGCCGGAGCACGCUAACGUGGUGAAGCUGAAGGCGACUUACGAGGACGAAGAGAACGUUCAUCUCGUUAUGGAGCUCUGCGCCGGCGGGGAGCUCUUCGACCGGAUCGUCGCGCGGGGGCACUACAGCGAGCGUGCCGCCGCGAACGUGGCGAGGACCAUUGCUGAGGUUGUUAGGAUGUGUCACGCCAAUGGUGUUAUGCAUCGAGACCUUAAACCUGAGAAUUUUCUCUUUGCGAAUAAGAAGGAGAAUUCUGUUCUCAAGGCUAUUGACUUUGGACUCUCCGUGUUUUUCAAGCCAGGGGAGAGGUUUUCGGAGAUUGUGGGGAGUCCUUACUACAUGGCGCCGGAGGUAUUGAAAAGGAAUUAUGGGCCAGAGGUGGAUGUGUGGAGUGCUGGGGUGAUUCUUUAUAUUUUGUUGUGUGGAGUUCCUCCGUUUUGGGCAGAGGACGAACGAGGGGUGGCUUUGGCAAUAUUGAGGGGAGUGAUUGACUUCAAGAGAGAACCGUGGCCUCAGAUUUCAGAUAGUGCUAAGAGUCUUGUGCGCCAGAUGUUGGAGCAUGAUCCUAAGAAGCGCUUGACGGCUGAACAGGUGCUUGAGCAUUCCUGGUUACAAAAUGCAAAGAAAGCUUCAAAUGUUCCAUUAGGAGAUAUUGUGAGAACAAGGCUUAGGCAAUUCUCUUUGAUGAAUAGAUUAAAAAAGAGAGCACUUCGGGUAAUUGCAGAGCAUUUGUCUGUUGAAGAGGUAGAAAUAAUCAAAGACAUGUUUACAUUGAUGGACACAAACAAAGAUGGCAAAGUAACAUAUGAGGAGCUGAAGGUUGGGUUACGGAAGGUUGGUUCACAAUUGGCUGAGCCAGAGAUAAAGAUGCUGAUGGAAGUGGCUGAUGUUGAUGGGAAUGGAGUACUUGACUAUGGAGAGUUUGUAGCCGUGACAAUUCACUUGCAAAGAAUGGAGAAUGAUGAGCAUUUCCGCAAAGCAUUCAUGUAUUUUGACAAAGAUGGGAGUGGGUAUAUCGAGUUAGGUGAGCUGGAGAAAGCAUUAACAGAUGAGUCGGGAGAUACUGAUACUGCUGUAUUGAAUGACAUCAUGCGUGAAGUUGACACUGACAGGGAUGGUCGUAUCAGUUAUGAAGAGUUUGUGGCCAUGAUGAAAACUGGAACUGACUGGAGAAAAGCAUCUAGGCAGUAUUCAAGGGAGAGAUUCAAGAGCUUGAGCAUAAAUUUGAUGAAGGAUGGCUCACUUCAGCUUCAUGAUGAUAUUAGUGGUCAAGCUGUAGUGGUUUGAGUCCGAAAUUGUAAUCUUAGUGCUCACUCAGUUUCUCAUCUUCCUUCACCACUUAAUAUGCUUGAAAACAUGGUUUCUUUACUCUCCCUGAAAGCAAACAACAAGUUUAGUGUUGGAGCAUUUUGAAGCAUACUGAUUUACCUUGGGUUUGAGUUGGGUUGCUUAGGUUUUCGAUUAGAUGUUAGAUGCCUGAAGCUUUAAGCAUGCGUUGGAGGGUUUUGCAUACUAAAGUCGUUUUUUAGCUUGUCAGCACAAGUUGCGCGGGCACAUGCUGCAGGCCUCAAAAUGUCACAUAUUCUUUGUAUAUGUUUGUCGUGUUGUUCGUGUUUGAUAAUUUCAUUGAUAAAUGUGAUUUUUCUAACUUAUGGGCUAAAAAACAGUUGGGGUUUGUCUCAUUGGCGGUGUGAAAUUCUGAGAAUGUAAAAUACCUUUAAAAGCAAUUCAAAGUUUAAAAUAUAGAUAUCUUGUGCCCA